AUGAGCCGCUGGCGGAAGCGCAGUCAAGAAAAACGACGCGAGUUACUCAACAAGACUGUACCUGAGCUCGAGGAGCUGCAGUGGAUAAUUCCACGAUAUGGAUACAGCGAGGAAAAGGAUCUUUUGGAGGCUCGUACAAUUCACAACUGGCGUCACCUUUUGCUUCCGUGGCUCAAUGUCGAGGUACUCAAGACGAGCCCGGCUGUCCUGUUCGCCCUGCUCCAUUAUCGAACGAUGUACACGCCAGAGGACUGGGCGCCGCUUGACUGUCGUCAAAUCGAGCUGCCUUGGGCCGCUGGGCUCUUCAACGUGGAUUUCUCUCCCAAGUGUGUGGUGAUGUCCGGAACUCGUUACGGAGAUGUUGUCGAUUGGGAAGAAGGACAGGCUCACACCGGAUACACACUGGGUUUCCCGCGCGCUCGGCUUGUCCUGGAGGCUCAAGCUCUUCUUCUGAAGACUCUCUCAAAUAUCACCGAUGCGAUUCUCGAGGGUGUUGAUACCACAAUUGUCGUUGGGAGGACAGAUAAGUGGAGGGAGCAGACCUUGGUUGGUUUCCACCACCCUGGGGAGGCCGAACUCUGGUCGCCCUAUACUUACCCAGCUUUCUCUCCUCCACCCAGACUCGACAUGGACUACCUUGUGUCUCUCGCAAAGACGCGCAAGGAAGAGAAACGUGGAGUGUCCCUGGAAAAGAUGCUUCGGGAGAUCACGCGAUACUCGAAGCCGAACACGAAAGAGCAUCUAGAGAGUGACCCGCUCGACUGGUGCCUCGUGCAAAUGACUGGCGAGCCUGACAAUCAAAGGCACUUCGAUCACGCAAUGCUCUUUGCUAUGAUUGACGAUCAUCUUUCCAAGAGCAACAGAAAGGAAGCAGCUCGCAUCGAUAAUUUGCUCAUGCGCGAAUUGGCCAACCUAUCCGCCAUGCACGAGUGA